AUGAGCGAACACUUCCGCCAAGAAGCUUGCUUAGCAUUUCGCGCUGAACCCAGCAACGUCACGGCCUACAAGGGGCUCAAAGAGGUUCAUUACUCAUUUUUGGUCUCAAAAAAACCGCUGAAUUUUCAUAAAUUCUUUUUUUAAGAAUCAAUAGUUGAGCUAUUAAUAAAUCAAUUUCUAAGUCCUAGUGUAAUGACUGAAAAAAAUAGACCUCGAAAGGCAGAUUUGGAACUACUUUACGAUGAAAAUUAUUUUAAAUUUUUAUUUUUAAAUAAUUCCAUCAAGACUGAAAAGUGAACUUUGAAAAACAAUUCAAGGUAAAAUCUAUAAUUUUUCUCAAUAAACUUCGAAUUUUCACGACCUCCAUAACGUAAUGAGUUUACAGAAUGUUUGCAAGAUAGAUUGAUUCUGAGAUCGUUCAGCAAAGUUGAAAUUUUUUUGUUGAGCGGUAGGAAGACAAAUAAUGUUGAAAUUAUUAAAAUAAUGACUUAUACAAAAUUGAAAAUUCAGCAAAAACGCUUCAAAAAAAACCACCUGCCCGGCGAGAUAGGUCUCUACGCAGUGGAACUCACAGGAAAGGCGUUCCAAUUGUUCCGCACCUACUACGAAAUCGCCCAGUUCCUCAAGAACGAGUUCGACAGAAAGUACGGAGGAAAGUGGCAUUGUAUCGUCGGCGAUAGAUUUGAGUCUCUCGUCGAUCCCACGUAUCCCAGCGAGCACUACGUCUGCUACAUCCACAACGGCGUCGAAAUAGAACUCUUCAGAACACUUUGA